AUGCCUUCUACACCUCAAGCACUUUAUAGCACCACACGCUACAAUCAAUCACAACGCACGACGAGAUCAUUUCAUCCACAUUUACUAAAAAAUCAUAUUCAAAAUCGUCUAAAGAAGAUCGAAAACGGUAAUGCUUUGGAUUGGUCGACUGCUGAAGCAUUAGCCAUCGGUUCUUUAUUAUAUCAAGGAUAUAAUGUGAGAAUAAGUGGACAAGAUGUGGGCCGUGGCACUUUCUCACAGAGACACGCAAUGCUCGUUGAUCAAUCUACAGGAGCUAUUAUCAUUCCACUGAAUUCGAUGGCUAGUAAUCAAACUGGUAAAUUAGAAGUAGCCAACAGUAUUCUAUCAGAGGAAGCUGUGCUAGGUUUCGAAUAUGGUAUAAGUAUAACAUCACCAUUUACAUUGCCUAUUUGGGAAGCUCAAUUUGGGGAUUUCUUCAAUGGAGCACAAAUCAUUAUCGAUACAUAUAUAACAAAUGGAGAAGCAAAAUGGAUGCUGAGCAGCGGCCUAACAAUGCUUUUACCACAUGGAUACGAUGGUGCUGGUCCGGAACAUAGUUCAUGUAGACUUGAAAGAUUCUUACAAUUAACGAAUAGUAAAGAAAACAGUAUCGAUGGCGAUGAUGUUAAUAUCCAUAUUGCGAAUCCCAGUGAACCAGCACAAUAUUUUCAUUUAUUGAGAAGACAGAUGAUAAGAGAUUAUCGAAAACCUUUGAUAGUGGUAGCACCUAAAAUUUUACUACGUCAUCCGGCAGCAGUUUCGCCUCUAUCUGAUUUUGAACCUCGGACGAGUUUCAAAACUAUUAUUGUCCCGUCCGACUCCUUCCUCCCCGUCACUCCUCGUCGAGAAUACUCAACAUCGGCAUCGGCCUAUCUGGGGGAUCCGGAGCGUGCUCCCUCUCCACCGGGACUACCCGAUUCAGGUCCGAUACAAAGGCAACCUCGUUUCCUCGUAUACGGGCAGCCGUCGGAGAAGAUGUCUCUUCUCCUAGGCAAUUCCGCUGCAAGAUGUUCUCUGCCUGAUCUGCUAACAAAGCGUUUCCUGUUCCAGACUAAGCUGGACGUCCUGAGGACGUCCUGUGGUAUAGCAAAUGAGUGCCUCAUCGUGUCCUCAGGAAGUCCUGAAGACGUCCACAGGACGUGCAGGACGGGUACUGAGGACAUCCUCAGGAAGUCCUAUUUUCAUCCAGGAAUGUCCUAA